UGAAUAUAUAAUUACGUGGACGAAUACACGUUCCACAUUUCUUAUUUUCAAUGCGAAUAUAUACAACAACGUUGUAAUCUUUCUAUAAAACCUCAUCACUUGAGUGCAUUUGAUGUAAUAAAUUAAACACAAAAACAAAACCUCAACUCAUGUCUAGCCAGAGAGAAGUACGAUGCCGUUGCGGUAGAUGGAUGUGGGCUCCACCGGGCGCCGGUGCUAUCCAAUGCUCAACUUGCCAUACCGUAACGCAGCUCCACUCGCUCGUUGAUGCACUGCGUGGUGCGCACCGCAUGAUUUAUGGGCUUCAACAGCUACGUAGACAAUAUCAACAACCGCCACAGAUGAUGAUGGCUCAACGUUCACCACCACAGAUGAUGGUGGCUCAACGGUCACCACCACAGAUGAUGGUGGCUCAACGGUCACCACCACAGAUGAUGGUGGCCCAACUGUCACCACCACCACCGCCUAGGUUGCUCGAGGCUCUUCCCUCGCCGUUUGGGAAGAAGAGAGCGGUUCUAUGCGGCGUGAACUAUAGAGGGAAAAGCUAUAGCUUGAAAGGUUGCAUUAGUGAUGCAAAGUCCAUGAGAUGUUUCUUGGUUCAGCAUAUGGGUUUCCCUGUUGAAUCUAUUCUCAUGCUCACAGAAGAUGAAGCCUGUCCGCAGAAAAUACCAACUAAAAGAAACAUGAGAAAGGCGAUGAGAUGGUUAGUUGAAGGAAACAGAGCAAGAGACUCACUUUUCUUCCACUACUCUGGUCAUGGAGCUCAGCAAAAGGACUACGAUGGAGAUGAAAUCGACGGUCAAGAUGAAGCCUUGAUCCCUUUAGACCAUGAGACAGAAGGAAAAAUCAUCGAUGACGAGAUUAACGAGAUACUCGUGAGGCCAUUAGUCCAUGGAGCUAAGCUUCACGCUGUGAUAGACGCAUGUAACAGUGGGACUGUCCUUGAUUUACCCUUCGUUUGUAGGAUGGAGACCAAUGGUUCUUAUGACUGGGAGCAUCAAGGAUUUGGGAGAAUUUACAAAGGAACAGAUGGUGGAGGAGCCUUCUGUUUCAGUGCUUGUGAUGAUGAUGAAGCCAGUGGUUACACUCCUGUGUUCACGGGGAAGAACGCAGGAGCCAUGACUUAUAGCUUCAUAAAUGCGGUGAAAACAGCUGGACCAGCACCAACGUAUGGUCAGCUGCUUAACCUUAUGUGUUCUGCGAUACUCGAGGCCCAGUCUCGACUCACCUACACAGACUCCGAUGAGUCCUCGGAGCCACUACUAACAUCAUCAGAGAAAUUCAACAUAUACGCGACAAAGUUUGCGCUCUGAAGGCAAAAAUACAAAUCCCUUAAUCUGCAAAUAACUCGGAACGUUGUCCACAUUUACACCUACCUUCUAUAUGUCUGAAGCAAACUUGUGAAAGCUUCGAAAACCUCUUCUUUGUAUUAUGAAGCUAUGAUUAGUAAUAUAUAAGGGAAUAACUGAUUCAUUAUAUUCACUGAAUACAAAAUGAAGGUGUAUAGAGAAGAAUCUAAUAGUUAUGAGCUUCAGUAUAUUAGGCCCAUUAUGUGCCAACUUCUCUUUCUUUCUUUUUAAUAGACUGGCAUAUUAUUGAACCU